CCAUCGUCAUAGCAGGUGGACUCAUCUGAAUCACACACACAGGCAGACAUGGAGGAGGUCACACAGGCAGACAUUGAUGAGGUCACACAGGCAGACAUUGAUGAGGUCACACAGGCAGACAUGGAUGAGGUCACACAGGCAGACAUGGAGGAGGUCACACAGGCAGACAUGGAGGAGGUCACACAGGCAGACAUGGAUGAGGUCACACAGGCAGACAUGGAUGAGGUCACACAGGCAGACAUGGAUGAGGUCACACAGGCAGACAUUGAUGAGGUCACACAGACAGACAUGGAUGAGGUCACACAGGCAGACAUGGAUGAGGUCACACAGGCAGACAUGGAUGAGGUCACACAGGCAGACAUGGAUGAGGUCACACAGGCAGACAUGGAUGAGGUCACACAGGCAGACAUUGAUGAGGUCACACAGGCAGACAUGGAUGAGGUCACACAGGCAGACAUGGAUGAGGUCACACAGGCAGACAUUGAUGAGGUCACACAGGCAGACAUGGAUGAGGUCACACAGGCAGACAUGGAUGAGGUCACACAGGCAGACAUGGAUGAGGUCACACAGGCAGACAUGGAUGAGGUCACACAGGCAGACAUGGAUGAGGUCACACAGGCAGACAUGGAUGAGGUCACACAGGCAGACAUUGAUGAGGUCACACAGGCAGACAUUGAUGAGGUCACACAGGCAGACAUUGAUGAGGUCACACAGACAGACAUUGAUGAGGUCACACAGACAGACAUUGAUGAGGUCACACAGACAGACAUUGAUGAGGUCACACAGACAGACAUUGAUGAGGUCACACAGACAGACAUUGAUGAGGUCACACAGACAGACAUUGAUGAGGUCACACAGACAGACAUUGAUGAGGUCACACAGACAGACAUUGAUGAGGUCACACAGGCAGACAUUGAUGAGGUCACACAGACAGACAUUGAUGAGGUCACACAGACAGACAUUGAUGAGGUCACACAGACAGACAUUGAUGAGGUCACACAGACAGACAUUGAUGAGGUCACACAGACAGACAUUGAUGAGGUCACACAGACAGACAUUGAUGAGGUCACACAGACAGACAUUGAUGAGGUCACACAGACAGACAUUGAUGAGGUCACACAGGCAGACAUUGAUGAGGUCACACAGACAGACAUUGAUGAGGUCACACAGACAGACAUUGAUGAGGUCACACAGACAGACAUUGAUGAGGUCACACAGACAGACAUUGAUGAGGUCACACAGACAGACAUUGAUGAGGUCACACAGACAGACAUUGAUGAGGUCACACAGGCAGACAUUGAUGAGGUCACACAGACAGACAUUGAUGAGGUCACACAGACAGACAUUGAUGAGGUCACACAGACAGACAUUGAUGAGGUCACACAGACAGACAUUGAUGAGGUCACACAGACAGACAUUGAUGAGGUCACACAGACAGACAUUGAUGAGGUCACACAGACAGACAUUGAUGAGGUCACACAGGCAGACAUUGGAACUGUAUUGUGUUGUAUUCUGACCUGCUGCCAGAGAAGUUCUGUGUUCUUCCUUUAAUAUCCAAACAAGUGCAGGUGGUGACUGAUGUUAAAGUGCUACUUACGUGGUUCACAC